AUGGACAUGGGGAUACUUGUCAUCCAGAAACAGGACAAUGUGAAUGCCGUGACAACACCGGAGGCCUCUUCUGCGAUCGAUGCGCUGAUGGCUAUUAUGGGGAUGCUUUCGCACCAGCUAAAAGCCAACGUAGUUGUCAGCCUUGUCCGUGUCCUCAAGGCUCCAAGUGUUCGCUGUGAACGAUGCGCGGACAACUACUAUGGCGAUCCAUCGGCAGGGAUACCUUGCGUUUCUUGCGAAUGUUCAGAUAAUGUUGAUUUGCGAGCCACCGGAAAUUGCGACAGGUAA